AAUCAUUUUUAUUUAGAGAUGGAUUAAUAAUUGAAGAUUUUAUAAGGAAGAUUGCUUUAAAUAAGACAUGUGGCUACAAAAUAAUAUUUGAAAGGAACAAUUCAUUUAGUAGUUGAAAAAACUAUGUUUGGACAGAAAGAACUAGAUUAAUAUUAUUUGGGAACUACUCCUAAAGAGGAUGACUUUUACACAUACUUUAUUCUUCAUAAAUAUUAACUCACUGAAAAUGAUUUAGGAUUAGGGGAUGUUGUGGCGAUACAAAAUUAUGGAUAACAAUAGUUCAUUAAUUUAAAUGCAUAAAAGAAGUCAGAAGUCACCCAAUAAUGUUUUGCUUAUUUAGAUGAAUAAAAACAUUAUUUUGUAAUUAAACCAGAAAAAGAUAUAUUUGUGAAUAAUUACAAUGCAAUUGAUACUUCCAUUGAUAAAAAAUAUGUUAGGAUUACAUCUAUUGACAAUGGAUUUAGUUUACAUUCUCAUUGUAGAACUUAUAAAACUGAAAGUGUGUCACAAUAUAAUGAAGUAACAGGAUAUAAAAAUUGCGAUGAAAACGAUUUAUGGGAACUUCUUCCUGUUCAAGAAGGCUUAGCAAAGGGCUUCUAACCACAAGUUUAAACUUUGGAACCAAUUCAAAUCAAGUCUGGGGACACAAUCAUAAUUAGAAACUUUUGGACUGGGUGGAGUCUGCAUUCUCAUAAAACAUGUUAUAAAUCAACAAAAUUUUAAGAAGUCUCUCUCUAUAGUUAUCCAAGAGAUGGUACUAUUUUGUAUUUAAUAUAGAAAACGAUUUUUGGAGAAUUUAAAAAAUCAACCAAAAUCAAAAGGAUGAUAAAGUAUUAAGAAAGAAUGAUGAAGUUUUGAUUCAACAUAAUAAUACUAAAAAGUUUCUUUCAUGUGCUAAUGUUUUAUCAUACUCUCAAUCAGGUUAUUAAGCCUAUGGAUUGGAAGGAAAACCUAUGACAGGGUUACUGUUAUCAGGUAUAAAUUUAAUUAUAUUAAGAAUUUGAAAAUUCUCCAUUACGUGCAAAUUAACCAUUUGUAAUUAAGCAUCUUACAAAAGACCUGUACUUAUCAUAGUCGAAAUGUUAAACAGAGAGCAAAAUAGGAACUCAAUAGGAAGCUGUUUUUGUUGAAAAAUUUAAUGGUCUCUGUUUAUGGAUAGUAGAAUUAAAAUAGUGAAUUAUUUGAUAAAGCUUGUGAUUUAGGAAAACUAUAUUAUAUUUAA